CAUUAUGAAGCAUUGGGUAACUGUUUUAAAUCUAUAUGUGACUACUCUUUAACCGUGUUUUACAAUUUUAUCAGGGAUCCAAUCAAGGGCCUAUCUUAAAAUCGUUGAUGGCUAUUUCCUGAAUAUUAAAUUUACUUAUAACGAACUACUAAAUACAUCAUAAUAAAUUCAUAUGUCUAUUCUAUUUCUUUAAUACUUCCUCAUAGGUCUGAUAAAUUGAUGAAUUAUAAUCAAAACUAAAAGCCAACGAACAAUUAUCAAAAUGGAAAAUAAAAAUUCUAUUAGUUCAUGGUCCAAAGAAAAAUUAGAAGAUCAAUACUUACGAUUGUAUGAUGAUUAUUUAACAUUAAAAAAACAUGCAUGUAAACAAGAGGAUCGUAUCAAAAAAAUGGCAACUAAAAUUCUACGUUUAGCUAAUGAUAAAAAAGAUUCUGAUCCUGGAACUGUAUGGAAAGAAGAUUAUCAAGAACAAAUUGAAGUGCUAGAAAGAAAAAAUGCCACAUUGACACGAAAAUUAGCAUUAGUACAAAAUCAGUUAAACGUUCAGAAACAAAGAAUUGGUAGCGCACCUCUUUCAGCUAGAAAAGCAAGUUCUGCAACUAUUCAAACAACAAGUCGUAAUUCGUUAGUUGGUGAAAAAUCUAUGAAUAAUUCUAAUGUUAUACAAACAUUACGUUUUCAAAAUUCUGCAUUUGAAAAAACUAUACAAAAAUUAUCUGAACAAUUAAAAGAACGUGAUGAAUUAAUUAAUCAAUUCAAACAAGAAUUACAAAUGAAAGAGAAAAUUCAUACAAACGAUUUAUUUAUACUUGGUGAACAAGUCACAUCAAAACAAAGAAUUGCUUUACAAGAAAAUCUUGAUUUAAUUCGUACACAAAGAGAAUUACGUGAAAAACAAUUAAUUAUUAAUAAUUUAGAAUCACGUAUUAAAGAAUCUGAAUCCAAUCAAAAUAUAUUAAAAUCAACUAAUCAUCAAUUAAUUAAUGAAAUUGAACGUUUAACACGUGAAUCAAGUCAAUUAGAACAAAAAUUAUUUCAUUUACAAUCUGAUAAUAAUUUAGCAUCAAAACAACAAUUGAAAAUUUUAGAACUUCAGUAUGCAUUUGAUGAUGCAAAACGUGAAAAUCAAGCACUUAAAGAAUCAAAUGAAAAACUUAUAGCAAAUGCAUUUUCUAUUAAACCUGAACAAAAUUGGAUAAUGAAAGAACAGAAAUUACGUGGACAAAUUGAUCAUUUAGAAAUGAUGGUACAUAAUUUACAACAACAAUUAAAUCAAACUGAACAACAACAACAACAACGUCCCCAACAACAACAACAACAACAAAGAAAACAAUCUAUUGAAGAGCAAAUUAUACUAAAUAAACAACAAUCAAAUCAAUUAGAAAGUAUUCCAAUGAAACAAAACAAUUCAAAUGAACAAUUAACAGUAAACAAAACAACAACACAAAUGUUUGCACAAAUUACUGGAUUCACUGUUGAAGAAUUAGAAGAAGCCAUUAUGAUCUUACGAGAGCGUAAAUCAAAAUCUCAGUCAGUCACUGAUGAUCUAUCACCGAAUUUAUUGGAUCAAAACAAAGAUUCAUUAAAACAAUUAAAUGAAACAGAAUUAUUACAUGUAGACACAAUUAAUGAAUUAGAGAAAACACGUAAAUUAUUAAAUAUUCAAUAUAAAAUUAAUAAAGAUUAUCAAAUUGAAAUUAAACAAUUAACUAAUCGUUAUAAUGAAUUAAAAUUAGAAUCAGAACAAUGUUUAAUAGAAUAUAAAAAAUUAUUAGAGAUACGUUUAAAUCGAAUAAAACAAUUAGAAAAUCAAUUACAUAAUUUAACUUAUGGUAUAUUAAAUAAAUAUAAGAAUGAUCAACUUUCGAAUGACAAGUUAACAACAGAAGAUGCUUUAAAACCAGGAGAAAGCUUAAUCGAGUUACAUAUAGGUCAAUUAUAUUUGUUACCAUCGUUACUAUCUAAAUAUUAUUCAACAAUAUCAUCGAAUAUUAAUAAUGAUAAGAAUGAUGAAUUAAUUCAAUUAUUUUUAACAUGGGAUUUUUAUGAUUAUGAAACACAAUCAACAUCCAUUUUACUUGUACAUGAUUCAAUUGAUUUCAAUAUGACAAUACAAUAUCCUAUUGAAGUGAAUGAUACAUUAAUGAAUUAUUUAAUUAAGGAACCAUGCACUGUGGAAAUGCAUCAAGUUAUCAAUUCCAAUUAUCGUACUAUCGCUAUUGGAAAACUUAAUUUUUCACAAUUAUUCACCGAAAAAGACGACAUCAUAGAAUUACCUGGUUCUGGUAGUGUUAUACGUCGACAUGGUCAAUUAGAUUUAUUUCUUAUCUCUACUCCAGAUAAUUCAAUGAAUAGUAAAGAGAUGAAUAAAGUAAAUGAGAAAAUUAAAGUAGGAACAUUAGAUUAUUGGAUACGUUUAUCUGCACCGAUGCCAGAUUCUAUUAAACUUUACAAAGAAAGAUUUCAACAAUUGCCUAAAUCUAUGUCAUCUACUCAACAAGACCUACUUCCAAUAGAUCCAUUACAGAAUAUACUUACUAUUGAAAUUGUGAAAAUUACCAACUUGGCUAGGAAUUAUUUAGAUUAUUUACCAUCUAUUUAUUUUGUAUAUCAAUUUUAUAAUCAACCAGAAUAUGCUUCCACUAUAAUGAAGGAGAAUUUAACACCAAUAUUUAAUGAUUGUCGUACUAUUCAAUUAGAAAUGAAUGAUAAACUUGAUAAUUAUUUAAGAACAGAGAAUUUAAACAUUUACAUUGUGGAUAAUGCAGAUCCUUCACCUGAAACAAGUUGUAUUGGUUUAGCUAGAAUUCCAUUAAUUGGUUUAAUUAAUAAAAAUCAAAAAAUUGAUGGUGUAUUUGAAAUAUUCCCAUUAAAUGCAUUCACAAAUAAACAACAACAACAACAACAAUUUAAUCGAUUGGAGAAAUUCAAUCAAAUCGAUAAAAAUCUACCUCAUUGUGGCUUAUUAUAUUUAAAAAUAUAUUGGCAACAACCUUAUACUACUAAUAAUAAUACUACUAAUACAACUACUACCAACAGUCUUAAAACUGUGGUAUAUAAUCAACCAAAUAUGGAAGAAUCUAAAGAUUUAGAAAUGGAACCAGUGAGACAGGCUGCAGAGAAACCCUACAUAACUCAAUAUGAAUCUUCUAAAGAAACUUAUUUACAAUCAAAAUCAUUAUCUGAUGUCUCGUUUACAAAACCUAACGAUAAACUACAUUCUUCUGAUAAUCUAUCACAUAGCUCAGAUAAACAAAAACAGGAUAAAACUGAUCUAGAUCAAGCCAUUGUUAAAAUCCCUGAAAUAACUGUCAAUAAACCAGAUAACCAGGUCUCAAUUCAUUCAACUGAUCAUUCAAAGAUCAAUACAAGAACCGAUAAAAUAUUAUCACCUUCGAUACAAAUUGAAUUAGAAAAUUCCGAGGAGAAACUAAUUGUUCCAACUCCACAUCCUAGAACAAAAAUAACUGAAUCACAAGAUGAAAAGAAGCUAAUCAAUUUGGAUGUUUCUUCACAGAAAACUAUUAAUAAUAACAAUGUCUCAAAUUCAAAACUAUCACCAACUGUUCAAUCUAUCUCUACUGAUAAUGAUAAUAAUCAUGUGAAAAUUGAAUUACAUGGAUUACAAUUAACAAAUUUAUCUAAACUAUCUAAAAUUAAUCAAUCAUUACCAAAUCAAUUAUUUAUUGAAUAUUCAUUUCUUGGUUAUAAAGAACCAUUUGAAACUGGUUCUUAUCCAUUAAUUGAAUGGAUAGAUAAUAAUAAAAAUAUAUUAAAAGCAAAUUUCUAUUAUAGUAAAACAUUUCCAGUUGAUUUUACAAAGAAUUAUGAACGUAGACAAUAUUUAGCAAGUUAUUUAUUACCAGAAGAUCCAAACAAUGGUAAUUUAAUAUUUAUUAUUGUUAGUGAACCAUCUACAUCAACAACACAAUCAGCUGAAUGUGAAGAAAUUGGUUAUGCUAUGAUUAAUAUUAGACAAAUAAUACGAGAUAAUUGUAAUAUAGAUCAUGUAUUUAUUCCAAUUACAGCUGCUAAAACUGUCGAUGGUGAAACAGAGAGUUUAAAUGAAAUUGGUAGACUUUGUGUAUCAUUUUAUGGUUUAUCGGCACUUCGUGCAAUCAUUGCUGAAAUGCCUCAAGUUAAAUUGGCUAUUUAAUCAGUUAAACGGUUGCACAGACUCAAAUACAAUUAUUUGGUCUUAUAAAAGUAUUCCACAAUAUGAUAACUAUUUUUUUUUCAUUGUAAAAUGACACUUCCAUAGAAUAAUAUUUUUAUGGGGAA